AUGUACGCACAACAUCCCCCAUAUUAUCGGCGGGAGCGCUCGCUCUCGUCUCCGUCGGCCCCCCCUGUCGAUAGCCACCCAUACAGCUACCAAGUGGAGCCACAGGCGCCGCCUCCGGACCGUCGCGGCUCCUUCCAGGCCUACGCUCCACCUCAGACGCCUCUCCAGCACUUUGGGGCCCCUCCGGCUCCAAUACAGCAACAACCAGCUCCUUUUCUGCGUGAACCCACGUUGUAUGGUGGAUACGGCCCCGUCCAACCCGGCAGCUUCUCAUCCUCGACGAGUUCGAUGUCGUUAAUGCCCAAUGGCAUGCCAGCGACACCAUCUAGCGUCGUGCAGCUUCGAUUCCGCUGCAAAGGACUGAAAAAAUCCGAUUUUUUGAGCCAAUCCGACCCGUUUCUCGUCAUUUACAUGCAGGAAGCCCAGAAACAAAAAUGGAGAGAAGUCGGUCGCACCGAGACGAUCAAUAACACACCUGAUCCGACAUUUGCCAAGUCGUUCCAGGUGGACUUUUUCUUUGAAGAAGUCCAGCGUCUUCGAGUCGAAGUUUUCGAUCGCGAUAGCUCGUCCGAGAGAUUAUCUGACCACGAUUUUUUAGGCUGUGUGGAGAUUACUAUGGGGCAACUUAUGUCGUCCAAAGGCCAGUCGGCGGUGCUUAAGUUGCUGCAAAAUGACAAAACCAGGGGACAUGUCCAUAAUCUUUCUGGCCAUGUGGUCAUCGACGCCGAGGAAGUGGCUACAUGUGCCGAGAUGGUCAAAGUCCGCUUUACUGCCACCAAACUGGACAACAAAGACGGCUGGUUCGGUGCCUCGGACCCGUUCUUGAACAUCUACCGACUUCGAGACGAAAAAUCCGACCCGCUUGCUGCGUCGUCGUGGAUUCUCGUGUGGCGCAGUGAAGUUGUGAUGAAUGAUUGCGACCCAAAGUGGCGUCAUGCUACCAUAAGUGUCCAGAAUCUGUGCAAUGGCGAAUUAUCCAGACUCUUAAAGAUCGAAUGUAUGGACUGGGAGAAGAAUGGCAAGCACCAAUUCAUUGGCAGCUGUACAGUCCGAGCCGCCGAGUUUGUGACCGGAGAAGUGCGUAGUUUGGACCUGAUUAACCGGGAGAGACGAGCCAGAAAAGGCAAAAGAUACAAGAAUUCCGGUGUGUUGGUACUCGAGCAGAUUGAAAUGUUCAAGCAACAUACGUUUGCGGAAUAUCUACGUGGCGGAUGCGAGGUCAGUUUGAUCGUUGGGAUCGACUAUACAGCGUCGAAUGGGAGUCCAUUUGACCCAUCGAGUCUGCAUUACAUGGGUGGGAAUUACCAGGGGCAGAUGAACGAUUACCAAGCUGCGAUUGCCGCUACCGGCGCCAUUUUGGAGCCGUAUGACUCGGACAAACGCUUCCCUGUCUACGGCUUCGGUGGCCUGGUCAAUGGUGUUGUGGAUCAUUGUUUCCCAUUGACAUUUGACCCGUCACAGCCCGAAGUGGAGGGGAUCGGAGGCAUCAUGAAGACGUAUUCGGAUUCCUUCCAGUUCGUUCAGCUGCAUGGACCUACUAAGUUUGCGCCGUUAGUGCAUCAGGCUGCAGCCAUCGCACAGACGUUCUCAGCGCCAGCAGAGCUAGGUGGAGGCGGGAAUCUUAAGUAUUUCGUGCUUAUGAUCAUCACGGACGGCGCUAUUAUGGACAUGCAGGAGACGAUUGACGAACUGGUGCAAGCGUCCACACUGCCCUUGUCGAUUGUGAUUGCGGCCGUGGGCAACGCUGACUUCACGGCGAUGAACGCGCUGGAUGCGGAUGACAAAGUGCUGAUUGAUUCCAGACGACAGAGAGCUGCACGUGACAUUGUGCAAUUUGUCCCGUUCAACCAGUUUCGUCGGAAUCCGGCGCGACUAGCAAAGGAAACACUGGCUGAGAUCCCUACACAGUUACUGCAAUAUUACAACAUGAAGGGAAUUAAACCACGGAUUCCGCUACAGCGUCAAGGGACGAGCUACCUGGUCAGCAGCUCUAUCAGCAGUGGCAUAGCUGAUGCAUUAGAUGUAGAAGUUUAG